CAAAGAGACACCGAGUUAAGACAGACUAGAUAUGGAUCCGGUGUUGGUGCUGUUCAUGUUGGUCUGCAGCUCAGGACUGCAGGAAGGAGGAACACACGUGUCAGCAGAACGUGACGAUGUCAGGUUAGUGGAGGGAGCUGGUCGCUGUGCUGGUACUCUGGAGGUGAACCAAAAUAAAGACUGGAAACCAGUGGAUAGCUUUGACUGGAACCUGAAGUCAGCGGCUGCAUCUGUGAGGCUGGUGAAUGGCAAUAGUCUGUGCUCAGGCAGAGUGGAGGUGAAGUCUGACCAGUCGUGGUCCUCAGUGUGUGAAGCUGACUUUGACCAGCAGGAUGCACAGGUGCUCUGUAGGGAGCUUGGCUGUGGGCCUCCUUCAGUCCUCCAGGGGGCGCUCUAUGGAGAAGCGGAGGCUCCAAUGUGGACCAAAGAGUUCCAGUGUGAAGGCAGUGAGUCCUCUCUCCUGGACUGUGGAAGCUCAGGCUCAGCUAGAAACACCUGCUCACCUGGCAAAGCUGUUGGACUCACCUGCUCAGAGCCUGAUGUUGUCAGGUUGGUAGGAGGAACCAACCAGUGUGCAGGUAGACUGGAAAUGAAACAAUAUGGUGAAUGGAAAGCAGUGGAUGGCUGGGACGCUGACUGGAACCUGCAGUCAGCAGCUGCAGUGUGCAGAGAACUGGACUGUGGCUCUGCUGUCUCAACAGAGAGGAGGAGGGACUCCUCAGAAAGAUCUGGGUGGGACAUCAAAUCUUCCUGUCUUCAGUCGGGAUCUACACUGAGGGAGUGUGUAGAGACAUGGACUGUUGGGUCUUUUUACAAACUGGAGAUCACCUGCUCAGAGUCUGUGAGGCUGGUGAAUGGGAAUAGUCUGUGCUCAGGCAGAGUGGAGGUGAAGUCUGACCAGUUGUGGUCCUCAGUGUGUGAAGCUGACUUUGACCAGCAGGAUGCACAGGUGGUCUGUAGGGAGCUUGGCUGUGGGGCUCCUUCAUUCCUCCAGGGGGCGCUCUAUGGAGAAGCAGAAGCUCCGAUGUGGACCAAAGAGUUCCAGUGUAAAGGCAGUGAGUCCUCUCUCCUGGACUGUGGAAGCUCAGGCUCAGCUAGAAACACCUGCUCACCUGGCAAAGCUGUUGGACUCACCUGCUCAGAGCCUGAUGAUGUAAGAUUAGUGGGAAGAGCCAGCCGCUGUGCUGGCAGACUGGAGAUGAAACAACAUGGAGACUGGAAACCAGUGGAUGAAAGGAACUCUUCCUGGAGACUGAAGUCAGCAGCUGUGGUGUGCAGAGAGCUGGAUUGUGGAUCUACUGUUUAUACAAAGAGGAGAAGGGAUUCUUCAAAUAUACUUGUAUGGAGGAUCAGAUCCUCCUGUCUUCAGCUUGGAUCUACACUGAAGGAGUGCAUAGAAACAAGCCUUGGGAUUUCUCAUUACAGCCUGGAGAUCAUCUGUUCAGAUCUGCUGAUUCAGCCAAACAUCUCCCUGUCUCACUCCAUGUACUGGGUCUCCGAGGCCCAGCAGCAGGGGCUGUGGGUGUUCGAGGGCUCCAGCUUCACCAUCAGCUGCUCUAUCCAGCCACAGUUUACAGGAGGCUCCUUCCUCCUCACCUUCACCUCCUCCAACAUCAGACGCAGCUACACCCUGCCAGCUGUCAAUCACUCUGCGCACUUCCUGUUUCCUGCUGCAGACCAUGCCCACCAAGGGAACUACAGCUGUGUUUAUCACGUCUAUGUUUUCUCUCGUCACUUCACCUCCGAGAGCCGGCCUCUCUCUCUCAUCAUCUCAAAUGACCUGAUGGAGUUUCUGCAGCUGAGUAAAACAGAUUGGGUGAAAACAGCCUGUAAAGCAAUUUUCCUCCUUAGUCUGCUUCUCCUGCCCCUGACUGCAGUGUUAUACGCCUAUGUCUUUUUCUCCUGCAAGCGUCAUUAUUGGAAGCGUGAGUAUGAAACCUGAAGGGAACCUGAGGAGAAAUGACAAGUCCAUCAUGUCAGAGGAGCCUUCGAGAAAUCAGAGGGGAUCAUUUCAGAAAAUGUUCCUAGUUCCUUCAUUUACACAGGUCCCAAACUAAUGGCCACAGUAUAUAUUUUACUCAAAUAUAUAUGUGUGACAUCCUAGUAUAAUUAGCCUGGUGAAUGUUUUUCUUGGUUUCCUACUGAGCAGCACUCUUGUUUUUAACAUGCAGAAUGAUAAUAUUAAUAUCAAUCAUCUUGUUAGCCUUGCAUUUGAACUGGGGGCGGCUCUACAGUCAUUGGCACUUCUCAUGAUGAUGACAAGGAGACUAGGACUAGAACUAGAACUAGAUCAGAAAAAGUCCAAGGAUCUUCAGUCAUUUGUGGUUUUGCAGAUGUCUGUCAUGUUUUGGCCACCAAGUUUCAAAUCCAGCUCAGUUUGGUCUUCUCUUGCGCGCUUCUGCCCCCUGGUGAUCUGAAAAGACAUUGACAGCAAUUGUCUCUUAAGUUACUGGAUCACAUCUGUGAAAACACAACAGUAUCCUGCUGCAGACUCGGAAAAGCCCCUGUGGUGCUUGAUGGA